AUGUCGACUACGACGGCAACCAAGCUCCACCACCUCUCCCUCCGCCGCCCCACCGCCGCCGCCGCGAUCCCCUCUUCCGCGCGCCUCCUCCUCAACGACCACCGCCACCGCCGCCGCCACCUCCACCUCACCUCCGCCACCGCACCCCUCCUCCACGACCUCCCCGCCCGCCGCCUCCCCCCGAUCUACAGCGACCUCACGCCCGGCCCCUCCCACACCCUCGGCAUCUCCCUCUCCUCCUUCCUCCCGCCCGCCUGGACCGCCGCCAGCGCCCCCACCGCCCUCCCCCGCAACGCGCUCGGCGCCCCCGCCCUGCCGCGCGUGAAUGGCGGCAGCGGCAACAACGAACGCCAGCUCGAGCUCCCGCCCGCCCACCACCUCGUCUACUUCAACCCCGUCAUCCCGGCCGACAAGCUCCUGCCGGACGGGACGGACCCGCUGCAGAGCCCUGGCGAGCCGUUCGUGCGGCGGAUGUGGGCGGGGGGGUAUGUGAGGUUCGCGGCGGGGGGCGGGAAGGGGGAGGAGGAGAAGAAGGUGGCGGGGCCGGUGGUGCUGGACGGGCGGAGGUGGGUGUGCGUGGAGGGGAUCAGGGACGUGGCGGUGAAGGGGGUCGGGGGGGAGGAGAAGGUGUUUGUGGGGAUUGAGAGGAGGAUCGGGAGGGCGUUGGAGGGGGAGGGCGGCGGGGAGGGCGGGGAGGAGGAGGAAGAGAGGGUGAGGAGGAGGCUGUGGACGGAGAGGGAGGAGGAGUGGGGGGAGGCGGCGCUGGUGGAGAGGAGGAACAUCGUUUUCAUGAGGGGGAGGACGAGGGAGGAGGCGAGGGUGGAGGUGGAGAGGGCGAGGGGGAAGAUGCUGUUUUCCCAGAAUUCGCCUGACUUCACGCACACCCUCGUGCCCACCCCGUCCCUGCUUUUUCGAUACAGCGCCCUCACGUUCAAUGCCCACGCCAUCCACCUCGAUCCCCACUACUGCCGCACCGUCGAGGGCCACCGCAAUCUCCUCUUCCAUGGCCCGCUCUCCUUCACCCUGCUCGCCACCCUCCUCCAGAACAACAUUCCCGCGGGCCGCCGCAUCGCCCAGAUCCAGUAUCGCAACCUGGCCCCGCUGUAUUGCGACGAGCCGGUCAAGCUGUGUGGAAGGAAGGCGGACUCGUCGUCGUCGAAUGGCCAGGAUAAGUACGAGCUCUGGGCGGAGACGCCUGAGGGUGGGUUGGCCGUGAAGGGAACUGCGCAUGUGAUUGCUGCGUAG